AUGGCCCCCGACAAAGUCCUCUCGUCUCCCUCUCAGCCCAGCAACGAGCCGGGCACCGUCCUCCUCGAGACGGCCAACCUCAUCAUCCGCCGCUGGCGCACCUCAGACGCCCCUGCACUCGCCGCGGCAGCCAAUUACCCCUCCAUCGCGCCCAACCUGCGAGACCGCUUCCCCAUGCCCUACAGCCUCGCCGACGCAGAGGACUAUCUCGGCAACUACGUCGUCAACGAGCAUGGCUACCCCUACGCCAUGGCAAUCUUCGUAAAGCCAAACGCUGGCCACAACACCUCCGCCGAGCCGCUCUUCAUCGGCGGUGCGGGCCUCGAGGGAAAGGGCGACGUGUAUUAUCGUACGUGGGAGAUUGGAUACUGGUUCACGCCCUCGGCUUGGGGAAAGGGUUAUGCAACCGAGAUGGUCAGCGCCGUUGUGCCGUGGGCGUUCAAGACGUGGCCUAGAUUGAACAGGAUUGAGGCCAUGGCGUAUGCGAGGAACGAGGCGAGCAAGAACGUUUUGAAGAAAUGCGGGUUUACUUUGGAGGGUUUGAGGAGAGGGGCUUUGGAGAAGAACGGCGAGGUGCUGGAUGAGUGUAUAUUUGGCAUUGUGAGGAGUGACAUUAAACAAUGA